AUGGUAACUGAUGCUGGGAUCGAGGUAAUGUCUCGUAAGCUUCAAGGGUUGCGUAAAAUAGACAUAGCAGAGCAAGUUGGUUGUUCUGAUCGAUCUCUCAUUGCUUUGUUUUCAAAUUGUGAGCUUUUGCAUGAAAUUCGAUGUGUACAAGAUGAUUUGUUUACUUUUGAGAAUUCCAUGAUUUAUGCAACAUCUUUACACAGUCUUGUGUUAGAAGCAAAAGAAGAUCAUGACCGACUUUUGUCUUCCAUUUCAACAUCGGGCAUUCGAUUAGAGAAGAUUUUGAUCUACGAUGAUUCUGGUUUGAGCUUCCAUGGACUCUCGAAUUUCUUAUGUGGAUGCCCAUCUUUGACACACUUGACACUUUGUUUCAAUAAUUUCCUCACUGACAAUUACAUGAGGGAUUUAUGUCGGUAUCUUCCUAAUCUCGUGUCCAUAAAGUUUAAUCGGUGUUCAAACAUAACCAUUGCAACGUUCUUCAUCCUUGCAAAAGAAUGUCCUAUGCUUUCGAAAAUUGGACUGCCUAAUAUAAAGCCACAAGUUGAAGAUGAUUUUAACUUGGAGUUGAAGAGGAAUUAUCGAAUUAGAUCAUUGGAUUUGACUUGUUCUGUGUAUCUGAAUGAUGAAUUCAUAAAAAAAGUAGGGGCUGUUUGCCCCAAUUUACAGACUCUAAAUCUUAAUGGACUUCUUAGUUUGACAACAGAGGGCAUUGGGGAAAUUUUGAGGUGUUGCUCUCAGAUUAAGCAUUUGAUAGUGGAUAGAACAAGAGACAUGGUGAUCUUUUUGAAACAAUUCAAAACUCGCCACAUUAAAAAUGGACAUGGUUAUAACCUAGAGGGCCUCUAUGACUGA